AUGGAUCUUUUGCGCCAAUCCUGCCAGAACUCGUCGCAAUUUCCUCAAAAUAUCGUCCGCUCCAGACAUUAUGUCUAUGUUCUUGGAUCGUAUGCCAGAUUGUUGAAGAAGUUACAGCCACGAUUGUUCACGGACGAGAGAAAAGUCUGCGUUGAUUUGUGGCAAUGCGAUGAAGACGGACAAUUUUGCCACGUGGAAGUUAAGGAGCGGACGCAUCUGAAACCUCAUAUGGAAGUGCAACUUCCGUUGCACCGGCGCCAUCCUCAAUGUCGGUUUGUUUUCGUACACGCUCAUAAGGAAUCUUCUCGCGAGAAGCUCGCCGUUACAAGCGAUAUGAUGACCGACAUCUUAAGUUAUCACCAAAUUACGCCUUCUUUCGUGGAGCUCAUGGCGUCGUUCGGUCGUGAUGCUCCGCAAGAUUUCCAGUUCUGCGGUUUCAGAGGAGAGAUACGAUCCUCGUUGACUGAUGGUGCGUUGGCCGUGCCCGAGCUUGGUAGAUCUGGGCGGCUUCUAGAGCUUUGCUAUAGCCUGCGUGCUAUUGAACCCAGUACAUCAUACGCAAACUGGCCGUGGUCAGUCAGGCAACUAGCAGUAUCUCACUCCUUCGAUGUGAAGACUGGCCAAUCUGCCUGGAUUGUGCUCAAAGCCGACAAACUCAUGAUGUCUCGUAUAAUAUCGGCGACGAGAUCUCCCGGUCUAUCAGAUAUGUGCUCUUUUAAUGAUUCGGCACACUCUCUGGCUUCUUCACUAUCAGCCCACCUUCUGUUUUGUGAAUGGGCAGCAGAGCAUUGGCGGUGGUAUGUCAAUUUCUUGGAAAAACAGGUCCAAGACAUCACGGGCACAAAAGUAUUCCUUCCGGUAGCGGCUCCGUCUACACUCCGAGAAGCCGAAAAGACCGUUGAAAUGACAUCAGCACCACUGUUGCCAACACGGGCGAGAACAUUCACAUUUGGCAGGGUCAAACGCAGCGAGACGUGGAAAUCUAUUACUCGAUCUCUGGGUCUGUCAAAAGAUACUGGCGGCGGUAUAAAUGGACAGCAACUUGACAUGAAUACUUUAACCUCUGGGGGUCGAAGUCCAGCCCCAGGUGGCGAAGAGGCCAGAGAUCAAGGAAAUUCUGAUGAUGACGAUGAUGAUGAUUUUUCCUUUGAUGAUCUCCAGCGCAUUCAAUUCAUCGAGGAAAAAGCCAGUGAGAUGAUUCUAGUGCUGAUAACCAUUGUCAAAGUCUUAGAUCAGAUUCGCGGCCUAUAUGAAAGUGUCAAUGACUAUGAGGACUGGCCGGCUGACCUCUCUCGGAACUGCAAGAACAGCCUGACUCGCUUUAAGAACCGAAUCCAAAACAUUCAGUAUGACCUGGGUCUGCAGAAAGAGCGGGCGGAGACAUUGACAGCAUUACUCGCAAACCGGAAAACGCUGCUUCACGGCAUCCUCGAAUGGCGCAGCAUGGAAGCGAGCAAGCUGAUGGCGAAACAAAGUCAAGCAUCUACGAACCAUAUGUUAUCCAUGACCGAGGAGAUGCGCGAAUUAGCUGUCAAGACCAAGCAAGAAACAGUUUCGAUGCGAAUCAUAACCUUAGUGACCCUGUUCUUCCUUCCUGGGACUUUUAUAUCAGUGAGUAUUGCUGAGCAACUGCGUUUGGCCGAUGGUUCUCAUUCGAGUGUACAGACCCUCAUGAGCACCGAUAUAGUCAGAUUCGAGAAGUCCCAGGAGAUCUUCUCCUCCGCCGCUUUAAAACUGUUCUUGACGAUUUGCAUACCUAUGAUGUUGUUCACGUUUGUGGCAUGGUAUGCGGUGUAUUGGUGGGUCAACAAUAGGGAAAGAGUGGCCAAAAUCAGGAUGCAAUUUUCUUCGAAAGUGUGA